UUACAGUGUUGCGAAAGAGCCGAUACUGACAGCACGCCGUGUUUGUUUGUUGGUGCUGAGCCGGGCCGAGCAGAACCGAGCCAAGACAGCAGGACUGUAGACCCGAAGAAGGAAGAAGAACCAGAACAAAUAACUGUCCUGGAAGAGAAUAUUUAAUGUAACCUUGGAGUCGGGUUUUCAUUCUGAUAUAACUGACUGCUGAAUAUAUUGUGUAUAUACGUAAAUGUGUGUUAUUGCGUGUUUGUUUGCACGAGGGUGGACCUUUAGCUAAAACGUCCAAAUAGUACAACAGACAAACUCGUAAGAGAGGAAGAAAUGGAGAAAUCAGAUGUCUUCUCCUCGGACCGAAAUAUCCUGUGCCUGUUUGACGUGGACGGUACUUUGACUCCACCGAGAGAGAAAAUCGACCCUCAGUUGGACGAGUUCUUCCAGUCGCUCCGGAGGAAAGUGAAGAUCGGCAUUGUGGGAGGGUCGGACUACUCCAAGAUAGCUGAGCAGCUCGGGGACGAUGUGGUGGACAAGUUCGACUAUGUGUUUGCUGAGAACGGGACGGUGCAAUACAAGGACGGGAAACUCCUCUCAAAGCACGCCAUUCAGAACCAGCUCGGGGAGGAGCUGCUGCAGGACCUGAUCAACUUCUGCCUCAGCUACAUGGGGCUCAUCAAGCUGCCAAAGAAAAGGGGAACGUUCAUUGAAUUCAGGAAUGGCAUGCUCAACAUUUCCCCCAUCGGUCGAAGCUGCACGCGAGAGGAGAGGAUCGAGUUCUCUGAAAUCGAUAAGAGAGAGAAGAUCCGGGAGAAGUUUGUUGCUGCCCUGAAAGAGGAGUUUGCUGGAAAAGGACUGCGGUUCACUAAAGGUGGUCUCAUCAGCUUCGAUGUGUUUCCGGAGGGUUGGGACAAGAGACUGUGUUUGGAGCUGCUGGACAGCGAAGGCCUGAACUCCAUCUACUUCUUCGGCAACGAGACCUCAGAUGGAGGCAACGAUUAUGAAAUCUUCAACGACCCGCGGACCAUCGGUUUCACCGUCUUCUCUCCGGAGGACACGGCCCGGUACUGUCGGGAGAUUUUCUUUGACGCUCCGCCUCACGAGGCUUGAUUUCCCUGAUCCCUUUACCCACAAUCCCCUCUGAUGCCUGCCUGUGGCUCUCUGCUUGUACGACAACAAGCAAGUUAGCAACUCUAAUGCAGGUCAUUUAUGAACCACUCUGAGGUACUACUACUGAUGUUCUCCUUUUUAAUAAUAUGAAAACAACGGGCAGCAGCGCGAUGAUUUGACUACAUUGUAAACGUUAGUCCUACUGCUUUUUAAAGAUUUUAAAAAAGGGACAGAGGAGGUGUUACAUGUUAAAGUAAUGUGCCAGACGAUUAGCAUGUAGCAUAAAUUAGCUAAAAAACUAACAGAGAUUAUAAAAGAAGUUAUUGUUGAAAGUUAUUACUCCAGAUUAUUUGAGUAUAAAGUGAUUUUUUUGCACUAAUUUUGGGAAUCAUUUCAUACCAAUUGUUGGUAUUGUUGUUUAUUGCUGAAAGAGAUGGUAAGAGUGAAAGAGAGAGACAUUACAUAGGGUGAGGAGUCCAUUUUGAAAAUGAGACAUGAAUGAAGCAUGUGGCUUUUUAUUCCUCGGAAGUUGAGGACGUAUGAAUCAUUCCAGUUAUUUGAAUGCCUCUGGGAUUUAUUAUGUAUUUACUGUGUGAUCCCUUAAAUAUCAAAUGUUUUUAAGCUUCAAGGGAGAAGCUUGUUUUGCAUCUUAAAUUCAAUAAAAGGAACAUAUAUCACAUUUUAUUUACUACUGAAUCAAUGAAUUGAUCUUAACCCGUGAGUUGAGCUGCUACCAAGUCACUCUGCACACUUCUGUCAGUCAUUAUUUUUAAUGUAAAAUAUUUUUACAAACUGUAUGGCUUGAACGCUGGUCGAAUGUAAACAUCAAUUAUUAUGCUUGGUUGUUUGUCUCUAACUCUUUUAAUAUGAAGCUGUUUAAAGGGUUUUUUAAAUAACUUUUAAAUGGGUAAUGGGUUUUUAUUCUGCCAUGGCUCAGAAUAAUAAUGCCUCUUUGAUGUAUCAGUAAUGUAAAUAUGAGGCUUUUAAAUACAUCAGCUGCAGGACUGUUAACUCUCAAAAGACUCAAAGGAUCAUGUAGAAAAACACUUUUAUGCACAGCAGAAAAUGUUAAUGUGUUGCUGCUAACUGAUUACUUUAAUUAUUUUCUGGAUAAAAAAGUGAAUUAAUUGUAAUAAAACAUUUUUGAUAUCUUGCACUGAU